ACGUCACGUGACCCGAUCUGGUUUUGCUCUUCUCCGUGUCAUCGAAACUCGCGAUAAGAGGGCGGGGUGGCAGGUGACAGAACCCGGAAGUAUCUGGUAGUGUAGCUAUUUGGGUCUUGCUGACUAUUAGACGCUCUGAUAAACGCAAUGGACGAUACACUUUUUCAACUGAAGUUCACAUCAAAACAGCUGGAGAAGUUGGCGAAGAAGGCAGAGAAGGAUUCCAACACAGAGCAAGCUAAAGUUAAAAAGGCAUUGCAGCAGAAAAAUGUUGAAGUGGCACGGGUUUAUGCAGAGAAUGCCAUCAGGAAAAAGAAUGAAGGUCUGAACUGGCUGCGAAUGGCUUCACGGGUAGAUGCAGUGGCAUCCAAAGUCCAGACUGCUGUAACCAUGAAGGGGGUCACAAAGAAUAUGGCUCAGGUGACCAAGGCACUGGAUAAAGCUUUGAGUUCUAUGGAUUUGCAGAAAGUGUCGGCUGUCAUGGAUAAGUUUGAUCAGCAGGUUCAGAACUUGGAUGUGCACACGUCGGUGAUGGAGGACUCCAUGAGUUCCGCAAUGACACUCACCACCCCUCAAGAACAGGUAGACAACCUCAUUGUACAGAUUGCAGAGGAGAAUGGUCUGGAGGUGAUGGAUCAGCUGAAUCAGCUUCCCCAAGGUGCUUCGUCAGUGGGGGAAAGCUCUACCCGCACCCCGGAGGACCAGUUGUCCCGCCGGUUGGCUGCUCUAAGGAACUGAAGUCUCAUGGAAUCUUUAUCUUUCCUGUGUGGAUGUCAGGUGUUUUGGGUACACUGGGGUCACCUUAUCACACUGAGGCCUUUGCCAAUCAUAAUAAGAGGAUAAGGAAGCCGGGAACCCAGCUUUUGCUGCAUCCAGUUUCUCUGUUGAGUUUAAGUGCGACCUAUACUGUAAUUGAUUCAAUCCUAAUGGACUCAAGUCUGGGGAUUAACAUUUAAUGUGUAUGGUCACAGUCAGUCUCCUGAACAAAGAAUUCUAGUUUAAUUGCACUUGCUGACAUCAAAGCAGAGCAAUUUCAUGCUCUCCCUGUAUGGCCUUAACUAAUGGCAUAUAGUGAUAAAAGGCCUUGAUCGUUAUAAUCAUUAAUAUAGAACAUUUAGGCCAGUCACAACUGUUUUUUAAAGCAGUUUCUUUUGAGAGCAGAGACCUCGCAUGGAAUGCUUUCCCUAGUUCUCUAGAUUUAGUAAUAACUAAUAGUUACGUUCUUCCUGAGUAUAUGCUAAAAGGAAUCGGCUGUCUUACUAAAAAUGCUCUAUUUUAUAGCACCUGAUUUUAUUAUUUUUUGUGUUUGCUCUGUUUUUUACUCUGCUGCUUCUGUCUAUUAUUUUGUGUUCAAUGUUCCUCUGACUACUUGGUGAGAGAGUUUUUUCCCCCCCUGCUUUAUUGAAUAGCACUCUCAUUCUGCAACAUAUUGAAAACUCCAUUGUUUUUUUGGAUUGUAUUUUUGUGUCCCAGCCAAAUUGCAGGGUAGAAAACAUUGAAAAUGUGGUUCACACAGUUAUGGCUGCUGGUGAAUUUGGGAGAUAUUGCAGCAAAACAUUUAUCCAUUUAAUAGCGCCCGUAUGCAUAUGCUACAGUUUCUUACACUUCUUGAUUGGCAACCCAUGAUGGUAGCACUAUUCAGUGUCCCUUCCAGAACACUAAGGUUAUUUGGGAACUUAGUUGCUGUAAAUGAGAGCCAUGCUGUUUAUUGCUGGCACCUCUAGCUGUUAUAUCUGCUACUGCAGGGGUUCUAAAAUAUCACUGUGCCUCUUUACCUGAGAAGUGCCAGAGGGCAGUGCCAAGUGUGAUCUGAUAUAUUUAGUUUUAUUGCUCUUAAAAAUAGAUGCCAGCUGUACAGCUCAUAUAAUCCUACAGUAAGCUACAGGAAUCUUCACGUACCAUGAAUAGGUUUCUUUCAAUUUGCCUUUUUUUAUAGCCUUUGAUUUAUCUUAUUUGGGGUAACUUAUCUGUAAAGAAUAAAAUGUUUUAUUUACAUUUCAAAAUAAAAUUUGUUUAUUGCUCAAUAAAGAUUGUACAUUUCAA